UGAGUCAUAUCAAUGGUGUGUUUGAGUGUUUAAUGAGAGUGUAAUAACCAAAAAACAACAAAAGAGAGUCAACCAAGACGAAGACGAUGGUUUCGUUUCGCUUCCCUUUCUCGUUUUCUCAGCCCUCGCUCCCCAAACCACCGCGCGCCACUUCUUCGUCUUCCAGAUUCUCUGUUUCUGCCGUCGCCGUGACACUCACCGUUGGCGCCGCAGCUGCGGUAGCGGCGUCGCGGAAUCCCAGGCAUACGAUUCUGGAUUGGGUCUUCUCGUCUCACCGUUCGUCUCUGUUACCAUGGGGAUCUAUAACUCUAGCCGAUUCUAGCUCCGAAUCGGUUGCUGAGCCUAAGACCGGUUUCUCGUUCCCGGCUACAAUCGGAGAAUCCCGGAGAUUACUCGGCGUGGGGCUGAGGAAGAAGAGCUUGCUGGGUUUAAAGAACAUCGAUGUCUACGCAUUCGGCAUAUAUGCUGACUGUGAUGAUGUGAAGAAACUUGUGGGUGAGAAAUACGCAAGUCUUGCAGCUUCUGAGCUCAGGGGAAACAAGGCAUUCAUGGAUCAGCUCAUGGAAGCCGACAUAAAGAUGACUAUAAGGCUGCAGAUUGUCUACAGCAAACUCAACAUCCGUUCCGUGCGCACUGCUUUCCAAGAAUCAGUCGGUAACAGACUCAAGAAGUUUGGUGGUGUAGACAACGAUGAGUUGCUUCAAAGCUUCACUAGCCUCUUCAAAGAUGAGUAUAAAAUUCCAAGAAGCUCCAUAAUUGAUUUGACACAAGAACCAGGCCAUGUACUCAGCGUAGCAAUUGAGGGAAACCAUGUUGGGAGUGUGAAGAGCAAACUCUUGUGUAGAUCAAUCUUAGACUUGUACAUUGGUGAAGAACCGUUUGAUAAGAAUGCAAGAGAAGAUUUUCUAGACAAUGUGGCUUCUAUAGCCGUCGACAAAUAGCUCAUAAGAUUCAGUAGAUCAAAUAGCAGAACCAAAGUGUGGUCUUCGUUAUUGGAUUUCUUUAGUAUAAUACUGUUGAGGUAUUUUCAAUGAAAUAAAUUGCUUGAAGGUUUUGUUUAA